AGAGGCCCUAAGCAACUCAGCAAGGCCCUGUCUCUAAAUAAAAUACAAAAAAAGGGCUGGGGAUGUAGCUCAGUGGUUAAGUAUACCUGGGUUCAAUUCCUGGGACCAAAAUAUAAAAUCAAAUACUAGUCACAAUGAAUACUAGUCAAUGUCCUACAAUAAUCACAUUAAGUAAUGUUACAUAAAAAUCAAAAUUAAUGCAAAAUACAUGAUGAACAAAGUUAAAAUUUUAAAAUGAGAUUUAACAACUAGAAUAGAGUGAGGCUAAUUAUAAGAUUCAUACAACUACAGGUUGAAUUCUGUUUUGUUUUUGUUGUUAUUUGUUUUUUAACAGUAUUGGGGAUGGAAUCCAGGGCCUGCCUCAUCCUAGACAAGUGCUUUACCACUGAGCUACAUCCUCAACCCUUUUUAAAAAUUAAUUACAUUAGUUUAUUCAUUUAUUUGAUACUGAAGAUUGAACAUAGGGGUACUUUAGUACUGAGUUAUGUGCCCAGUCCUUUUUUAUUUUUUUGAGACAGGGUCCUUUUUUCCCCUUAUAUAUGACAGUAGAGUGUAUUUUUGACAUACAUAUGUGGAAUUUAACUUCCCAUUCUUGUGGUUGUGUGACAGGGUCUUGCCAAGUUACUGAUGGUCUCCUUAAAGUGACCAAGACUGGCCUUGAACUUGCAAUCUUCCUGCCUCAGCCUUCUAGUAGCCAUACAGUGGGACCAUGGAUCUGUUUGGAGAUAUAGAUGACAUUUCUUCAGAGAGUGAGGAGGACAAUCUACUACCCAUUCCAAGACAGCCUGUUGAUGAACACAGAGUACCUCAGGACCAGCAGGAAGAAGAGCCUGUUUCUGAAACCAGAAUAGAAAUAAAAAUUCCCAGUAUCAACUCUGACUUAGGAAAUGAAUUAUAUUUUGUUAAACUACCCAAGUUUCUCAGUAUAGAAUCCAAACCUUUCGAUCCUCAGUUUUAUGAAGAUGAAUUUGAAGAUGAGAAAGUGCUUUAUGAGGAAGAUAGAACCAGGUUAAAAUUAAAGGUAGAAAAUACUAUACGAUGGAGGAUUCGCCGAGAUGAAGAAGGAAAGAAAGUUAAAGAAAGCAAUGCCCGGAUAGUCAAGUGGUCAGAUGGGAGCAUGUCUCUGCAUUUAGGCAACGAAGUGUUUGAUGUCUACAAAGCCCCACUGCAGGGCAAUCACAACCACCUAUUUAUAAGGGAAGACACUGGUCUACUGGGACAAGCCAUCUUUAAAUCCAGACUUACCUUUAGACCUCACUCUACAGAUAGUGCCACACAUAGAAAGAUGACCCUGCCACUCCUGGAUAGAAGUUCAAAGACACAGAUUAGAAUCUUGCCAAUAGCUGGUCAUGAUCCUGAAUGCCAACGCACAGAAAUGAUUAAGAAAGAAGAACGCUUGAGGCUGUCUACUCACCAGGCUGUCCAUCUGCAGGGGAAACAGAACCAGCAGGGGCCAAGUGUUCUUGACCAGGACCCUGGCAGUGAUGAGGAUGAGGAAGAGGAACAAGCUAGAUAUUCCUCAGAGGACAGUGAUGAAAGAUCAGAAGAAGAUGAAGUUCAAAGAUUACUCAAAGAAAAGAAAAUCACUGGUGAUGAGGAGAUGAAUAUUCCAGAAAGAGGAAAGCAAGGGGUGAAGAGGAAGAUGAUUGAAGCAUAAGAUGUGCACUAGUAUAAACUUCAUUCAACAUUUUUUUUUAAUUUUUUUUUUUUUUAGU